AUGUUUGUGCUGCUCUUUACGGCCGGCGUCCUCUUCGACAUUAGCGCGGCCGUCAUGUACUCGCGCGAAGUGCAAGUGUUUUUGGCCGAGUGCUCGAAUGGCGCCUUGUCGCUGCAGCUCUUUGCUUUGAGUACGCGCCUCCUCUGGGUCAACUGCGGGUUUCUAAAGUUGUUCAAGCUGCUCUGGAGCGUCGUGAGCACGGCGACGUACUCGGGCGAGAGCAAGCUCAUGGGCUACCUCAACUUUACGGGCGUCACCUCGCUCUAUCUGAGCGCGAUUUUGCUCUUUUACAUCCCGCCGUUCAUCGAGUACAACAACCACCUUCGACAAGACAUCAAGAAUUCGUUUGAAAAACUGGAUGGGACCCCAUUGGCCUCGACCAGCUCGUGA